AUGAGUCAAGUCCGACACCAGAAUAUCUCCUGGGACCCUGCCUUCUCAGGGGACCCUGCCUUCCCAUGGGACCUGUUCGACGCUGACCCCGACGAUCGCCGCAACCCUGAUUUCUGGAACCUCAUUCCUGACGACCCUACAAUGAGCCUAGACGGAGCUCCCAACACUGCUGCCUCUGAUUCAUGGAACGCCAUUGACGACCUAUCCGAUCUGUUCAACGACGAAUGCUCAAUGGAAAUGGACGAACCAUCCGAUCUGUUCAACGACCACCCCUCUCUUGACGAGAUGGACUCUGAUGAGCGUGUCUGGGAAUUAUUCCUGGAAGAGUGGACAACUCCUACAGCACACCCCCAUAGGAGUCGCAACAACCCAAUCAACCUCACUAUUGCCCUAGAGAGGGAGCACACUCUAGAGCCCCGAGACCAGGUGCCCGAAGCACCGCCAUAUGAUCGCCAAGCUACGCUACGCAUCCAGCGUGUCGAAGUAGAUAUGGACGAUGAGGCCUACACGUUUUAUAUCAAUAGGCGACAUUGGGCAUGCGAUGACUUGGAUAUAGAUGGGCUUCUUGCCCGGGAGGGGCUGCGGCAAGAGGACGUCGACCCUAGUAUCUCGGCGACAUUGUGGGAGGUACGCGAGUUCCUCUCAGUGCAUGUGCGAGUUAACGGGGAAGGGGAGACACUUGAGUUUCGAUUUGAGGGUGGGCGAGAGAACGAGGACGUUGUUGGGAAGUUUGUUGGCUUUGACCCUAUUGAGGAGCGAGAUCUGCUUGUGAGCUGUGAGGACAUGAAGCAGCUUAUACGCCAUCCAAAUCAGAUUCUAAUAGUCACUUGGUAA